UUAGAUAGAGUAUCAUUCUGUAUUGUAACUAACUUCGGACAUGUAAGCGCAAUACAAAGACUGGCUUGUAAAUCUGUGUCACUCUGUUACCUGACAAGAAUGUUUUGACGUGCUUGCCUUUACUGGCGGUUUUAACUGGCUAGCUUACGUUAGCUGCAGGACAUGCUGCGAAGUAGUGCUGGGAACAAGUGGCUAGCUAGCUAUAGCAUCUCCGGGCGCGCACAUAAAGACGUUGUUGUUGUUCAACGAGUGUCGUGUAUUAACCAGCUAGCUAAAUUCAUGGAACAUCGUAUCGGAACAACACAUAGUUACUGAAAUUGACUAAUUUGGUGUUAAUUACAGAUUUAAUUGACACUGUUAGAACACAUUUAGCUGACUAGUUUACAUAUCAAUAUAUUAAUAUAUGUUAGCUAGCUAGUCCGCAAGCUAAUAAGAUGGCCAAUAAAAUAUUCAAGUGUGUUCACACUGAUUCGGUUAACGUUAAGUUAGCCUUAGAUUGUAACAUCCCCCUACAAGCUCGUGGGCGCCCAGAAACGUGGGAAAUCAGAAGUUUUGAUACGCAGUUAACGCUACGUUUGUAGCUUAUUCUGGAUCAUUCAGAACUGAUAAAUUUAAGAUCUGUGUGAUUUUCCAUUGAUGAUAUUCUAUUUUCGUAAGCUGUUGAUGUUCUCUAACGUUGUUUCAUCCAGUCGAGUGUUAAGAUAGGUAGAUCUAGCUAGCUAAGGGGCGAACGUUAGCUAAUGGUUUCUUUUAGUACUAGCUCGCCAGCCAACUAGAUACACUUUCUGGGUUGCUAGCUUGCUGACAAUAGCUGACUCCGAAAUCGGACAACUAGAGCUAGCUAGAUUAAACAUGGUGUGGGGGGAGCCUGUUCUGCAGAUGGCCGUGGACGCCGUGCUGAUGUAACGGGCGAGCAGGCGCGAUGGACAAGUGCAAGCACAUCGGCCGGCUGCGGCUGGCCCAGGACCACUCCAUCCUGAACCCGCAGAAGUGGCACUGCGUGGACUGCAACACCACCGAGUCCGUGUGGGCCUGCCUGAGCUGCUCGCACGUGGCCUGCGGGCGCUACAUCGAGGAGCACGCGCUGCGCCACUUCCUGGAGCAGCGCCACCCGGUGGCCCUGGAGGUCAACGAGCUGUACGUCUUCUGCUACCUGUGCGACGACUACGUGCUGAACGACAACGCCAUGGGCGACCUGAAGCUGCUGCGCAGCACGCUGAGCGCCAUCAAGAGCCAGCGCUACGAGUGCACCACGCGCAGCGGCCGCACGCUGCGGUCCGCCGUCGCCGUGGGCGACGAGGCCCCGCUGGGCGCGGCGCAGGAGCUGAAGGACGAGGACCGCAUGUUCACCGCGCUCUGGCACCGCCGCCACGCCCUCAUCGGCCGCGUCUUCCGCUCCUGGUUCGAGCUGACGGCGGGGGGCCGGCGGCGGGCCGAGGAGGAGCGGCGGCGCGAGGAGGAGGAGGAGCGGCGCAGGGAGGCGCGCGAGCGGCGGCUGGAGCUCAAGCGGCAGCUGAGGGAGGAGCUGGAGAGCACGCCGCCGCGGAAGAGCCACCGCCUGCGCCGGCAGAGCCAGAGGGCGGCGGCCGCGUCCGCCACGGCGAGGCCGGCCCGCGCCCGGGCCGCCGAGGCGGGGCCCCAGAGCCGCGCCGCGACCGACGCCAAGCGGAGGAGGUCUGAGAGGAGGCCGCAGCCGCCCAAGACGCGCCCCGCCAAAAACCGAACCAAAACCACAGCCACCUCAACCAAAGCCCCUACCUCCAGCGGCCCCCGGGGCCCGGCGCCCAAGAGCGGGGACUCGCCCGUCAAGCGCCGGCCCACGGUGACCCCGGGCGUGACGGGGCUGCGUAACCUGGGCAACACCUGCUACAUGAACUCCAUCCUGCAGGUGCUGAGCCACCUGCACAUCUUCCGCGAGUGCUUCCUGCAGCUGGACCUCAACCAGGCCCUGGAGCUGCUGGCCAGCGCCGUCAACGGCAAGCUGGUGGUGCGCGGCGGCGGGGGCGGCGCCAAGGGCCCCCACGUCCCGCCCCCGCCCUCGCCCUCCUCCCCGCAGGCCCCCAGGAAGGGCCCGUCGGCGGGGCCGGGGUCCGGGCCGGGCCUGAGCGGGGGGGCCUCCCGCGCCCGAAGCAUGGAGCUGAUCCAGCCCAAGGAGCCCAGCUCCAAGCACAUCUCGCUCUGCCACGAGCUGCACACGCUCUUCCAGGUCAUGUGGUCGGGCAAGUGGGCGCUGGUGUCGCCCUUCGCCAUGCUGCACUCGGUGUGGCAGCUGAUCCCCGCCUUCCGCGGCUACGCCCAGCAGGACGCCCAGGAGUUCCUGUGCGAGCUGCUGGACAAGGUGCAGCGGGAGCUGGAGAACACGGGCACGCUGACGCCCGCCACCGUGCCGCCCGGCCAGCGCCGCCUCAUCCGCCAGGUCCUCAGCGUGGUCAACACCAUCUUCCACGGGCAGCUGCUCAGCCAGGUGACGUGCCUGGCCUGCGACUACAGGUCGAACACGGUGGAGCCGUUCUGGGACCUGUCGCUGGAGUUCCCCGAGCGCUACCACUGCAGCGGCAAGGAGACGGCGUCGCAGUUCCCCUGCCAGCUCACCGAGAUGCUGGCCAAGUUCACCGAGACCGAGGCUCUGGAGGGCAGCAUCUAUGCCUGCGACCAGUGCAACAGCAAGCGGCGGAGGUUCUCCUCCAAGCCCGUCAUCCUCACUGAAGCUCAGAAGCAGCUCAUGGUUCACAAACUGCCUCAGGUCCUCCGCCUGCACCUCAAACGCUUCAGGUGGUCCGGCAGGAACCACCGGGAGAAGAUCGGAGUCCACGUCAGCUUCGACCAGGUGCUAAACAUGGAGCCUUACUGCAGCCGCGACCCGUCGUCUCCGACCCCCCCGCGCGCCGAGCGCUUCGCCUACGAGCUGUCCGCCGUCGUGAUGCACCAUGGGAAGGGCUUCGGCUCCGGUCACUACACUGCCUACUGCUACAACACGGAAGGAGGGUUCUGGGUCCACUGUAACGAUUCCAAACUGAACGUGUGCACGGUGGAGGAAGUGUGCAGGGCCCAGGCCUACAUCCUCUUCUACACCCAGCGAGUGUCUCAGGACAAAGGGAAAGCUUUUUAGGAUUACCCCCCUCCCCCCCCCAGGGGCUGGAACCCCCCCCCCCACCCCGCAGAUCAGCACCAGCAGCCGCAGUGGAGAGAGUCUGUGAAGCAUCAGCAGAAACCCCCAGGACCCCCCAUCCUCACAUCCAGACUCGCCCCUUUUGCGGACCGAUCGUAUUGUUUUUUUUUAAACGAGGAAGAAGUACCUUUUUAAAUGUUAAGAACUGGAUACAAAACUGCGCUUUUUUUUUGUUUUGUUUUUUAAAGAACAACUUGUGAAUUUCUUGUAUAUUGUGUUUAUAAGGUUUUGUAUUAAAUUUGUAAACUUUUUGUUAUAAAUAGUGUACAGGCUUUUUUUUUGUUUUUAAGUGACAGAAGGUGCAUGUGGUCAGACAGACAUGCCAUGUGGUAAUCUGACAAAUCACGGUUAUGGCCAGAUUAUACUUUUCUAAAAACAAACUUAAAAAAAAAAAAACUGUUGGCAUCACUCCAAAUACUGUAAUAAUGUAUGUGGACAUAUCUAGAUACCUGCCUUACGGUUCAAACCCCUUGGUAACUGUGAUCACCCUGCGAUACAGAGAGGGUGGACUGUGACGACGGUUGAAGGGAGACUUUGCGUACCCGCAUUAGUGGAGCCCUGGCGAAGCAUCGGCGGAUUGGACCCAGCCAGGCCGCUUUGGUCUCCUCAGUGAAACGGAUUGAUCGGCGCCCCAAAAUGUCUAAAAAAGGUGGGUUUACCGUACCCCCGCUCGCCCACGGUCACAGGAAUGUAGUUGGCGUAACUUGGAACCCCCCCCCCCCCGCUCGGUUUAGAAUGUAUUUUUGUUUUGUUUGGAGAUAUUGGGGUUCACCGAAAGACUGGCAGGUAAAAAGUUUCUUAUCUUGGAUGUCGCUGGGCUGUGCUGAGGUGUCAGCAGGGCCUGGGCUGACUGUAAGAGCUCCAGUGAGCCUCCAGCCGCUGUUCUAAAGCCAUCAGGGAACCAGACCACUCACACCGCUGACCCCUUACUGCUUUUCUCACCAGGG